AUGUCGAAUCAAAUGCAUGCCCAGAAUGCAGACGCAGCGCUACUGGCUAGAAUGCACCAGAUGCGUUUGGAUGGAGAGAAUGGUGGUGGUGGUGGUGGAGGUGGAGGAAAAAUGAUCGGUUCCCUACCGCGAACAAAUCAUCCCAGUGGGAGCGGUGGCCAAGAUCCAAGUACAGACAACAACGCUUACGGCACGGUGACUUCAACUUCAUCGGCAGUCCAUGGGAUGGGAACUAUUCCAGGAAGCAAUGGUGCAACGGUGGCCGCUUCUAUGGCCACGAUGGUGAACAUGAAUGACUACCGAAUGUACGAUCGGUACCAGAAUCAGAUGCUCGCAGCGGCUGCAGCUGGGAGCAAGUUUCCCGUGCAGCAGAGUAACACUGCGCAUGCUACUGUCUCGACAGCUUCUACCACGACCGGGAUGAUUGGUGGAGGAUGCAAUAGUGUCAGUUCCAGUGGUGGCAGUUAUCAGUACAGGGUCAACAACAGCCCCACCCAUUCGAUGAGCAACUCAUCCCAUCAGUCUGUCAGCGGCAGUAGCGGUGGCGGAGGUACCAUUCCCAGGACAAGUAACUCCUCGGCAGGACCGAUGCAACAGCAACAUUAUUACGACUCGCGUUAUCAAACAGUGUACGAAAACAUCGACUGUUAUCCGACCGCUUCGCAACAGCAGCAACAACAGCAAUCUAUCGAUGCACACUUGUACGACCAUCGGAAGUUUGAAUCGCACAACAUCAAGGCACAACCUCAGGUUCCGGUUGGUUCUGCUGGCCAGUCUUAUAUUUUGGCGAACGGUGUUGUUAUGCCUGGACGUGAGCAUCCAGGAAUGAUGAAUGUCGCUGGCCGAUACGCGCACACUCCACAGCCCCCAGAGUUAGCGGUUGCAGAACAACCUCCGAUUUAUGAAAAUCUACAGUCACCCCCAUCGGCGGGACAGCAGGCACAACCCCAAGCAACCAAAGGAUCCAUGCAGGUUUAUUAUCACCAGCGUGCAGACGACACAACUCCAAGCCCCAAUGCGCUGCCACAGCAGCAACAGCAGCCUCAUCAACAAUAUCAUAAUCCUUCGGACCAACAAUCCCAGCCCAUUUACGAAACAACGAACGUAAGUUCGCAUAAUUACAGAGGAAGCGGCAACUCAGUCGCGUCUGCAGGACCUAUGCACUCUACUGCAACUGCAAUGUAUCACCAACAUCAUCAGCAACAACAGCAGUAUCAUCACUCGCCGACCAAUAGUAGCAUAUCGGUGAAAAUUGCUCAGCAACCGCAACCGGUACAGCUACCGAAUGUGAAGUAUCACGCUACUGGUGUUCCAGCAUCGGCUGCAUUACCUUACGAACAUCAGAAAUCGCCCAAACUUGGUCCUUCAAAUGCUCCAUCCUUGCCUCCCAAAUCAUCGGAUGCGCUCAAAACUCAGCAAAAAAAUAAUAAAUCUCCAUCUCGCAGCAGCUCCAUCUCCGGUUCGAGCUCACUGAACAAAAGUUUCGUCGAGGAUAUCAAUGGAUCGGAUUAUGUUUGUAUGACUAGUGGCACCAAAUACAACAAUUCGGGCAGCACCACUUUGCAGUCGAUGAAGACAAGUCCACUGACAUCACCUCCUGGCACAGCGACACCGAUUGGCGGAUCCAGUGGUUCCACCACAGCAGCCAUGCCUGUUCAGGUAGGCCAGGAACGCCAGUACGCAACGCUACAGGAGAUGGAAAUAGCCAAGAAUCAGCUAUCGCACAGCCAACCGAAAGGAGCUACAACGCUCUCCGCAAGCAGCACCCUUGGCAGCAAAUUGGCGACGAACGGCAGCACUACGAUUGCUGGUGGAAACGUUACAAUGGGCAUGGGCAUGGGCUUGAGAGGUGCCGUUUCUCCGACACCGUCGCAACUGAGUACGGGAUCUGGAUCUGGAAAACCAAAAGGAUUGACCAAAAAUCUGCUCCCAUACAACGUCACUCCGCCUAGACCGACGGGGCCAACCGAGGCUGAACGAAAGAUCGAAGAACUGACGCGCCAGCUAGAGGAGGAGAUGGAGAAGAAUGAGGAGCAAGGAGAAUAUUUCGGUAUUUGUCAUACCUGCAAGGAGAAAGUAACUGGUGCCGGUGCUGCUUGCCAAGCAAUGGGAAACCUUUACCAUACUAAUUGUUUUAUCUGCUGCUCGUGCGGUCGUGCCCUUCGUGGAAAAGCAUUCUACAAUGUGCACGGGCGCGUUUACUGCGAGGAAGAUUAUAUGUACUCUGGAUUUCAGCAAACCGCUGAGAAAUGUGCAAUAUGUGGACAUUUGAUCAUGGAGAUGAUCCUUCAAGCGAUGGGGAAAUCUUACCACCCGGGUUGCUUCAGAUGUUGCGUUUGUAACGAAUGUCUCGACGGCGUUCCGUUCACAGUAGAUGUGGACAAUAAGAUUUACUGUGUGAACGAUUAUCAUAGCAUGUUUGCUCCGAAAUGUGCGAGCUGUGGCAAAGGCAUCACACCGAUGGAGGGAACGGAAGACACCGUACGUGUGGUGGCGAUGGAUAAAGAUUUUCAUGUGGACUGCUACAUUUGCGAGGAGUGCGGUAUGCAAUUGACCGAUGAGUCCGAUAAACGAUGCUACCCUUACGAAGGUAGACUGAUGUGUCGUUCCUGCCAUAUACAGAAGAUAUCGAUACAGGACAGGCGCGGGCGCAUUCUUGAGCCCGUAUCCGCAACUUACCAAUACAUGGGUUAAUGGUGAAGGGGAGCCAUCAAUUG